AUGAAUAGCAUUGAUAUUAAGGUUGAAAAGGCCAAUGCAAUGUUGAGGUACAAAAGAUUGGAAAAAAUCACAGCUUUAUUCAGGUUGAUGGAAGUGUGCAUGUUUCUUUUCAUCAUUUCAAGGCUCUCCACUCAUCUGCCUUUGGCUCUCAAAGUCUCUGCUGAUUGUAUUCACAGUCUUUAUAUCACAAUCUUCAGUCCUGCUUUCCUCUUCAUCCUCGGAAAUGCUAUUGUUCUUGUUCUCGUGUUCAAUUCUGGCCACCUUUCAGCUCAAGAAACCAAAAACUUUAGCCAUACCACUGAAUUUUGUACCCAGUAUGUUGAAAGUUGUGUUAAUCGCGUAGAGGAGGUCGAAAAACAAGGGGAAGAAGCUGUUUCAGAUAUGUGUAGUAGUUCUGAGGAUGGAAAGAUGCUUAGGAGACCGUCAGAGAGUUUAAUGAAGUACCAACAUCGAGAUUUUGGAAAGAAACUUGGACCAACUGUGACAGAAAAUGGUCGAAAAUUUAGAAACCAUGAUGAAAGAACUUUGGAAUCUCCGGCUAUGGUCCGGAAAAGUGGGGAUCACAGAGUUUCAGCACAAAACUUUAGUGCUAAAUGCUAUGCAGAGGAUGAAAUGAGCGGCGAAGAGUUCAGGCAUGCAGUUGAAGCUUUCAUAGCGCGACAGCAGAAAUUUUUGAGGGAAGAAUUCUCAUCUAUUGUAGCUUAUGGAAACUAA